GCCUUUUAAAUCUAAGACACUUGCUCCUACCAGUCCCCAGCCUAAUUCCCGAAGCAAAGUAGGAUCACCGAGCUAGCGAGCCAGCCACCGGCCGACCACCGCUCAUCUCUUCUUCCUCUCUCUGUCGCUUCUCUCAUUGUAGUUCAUCUCUUCUCGACGUCUGUCUUUCUUCCCAUCGUUUUCGGGUGUUUUUGACAUGAUUCUCAUUCCGAUUGGGUUUGGGUUGAGUAUCUUCUAACCAGAAACACGAAAAGGUACGACUUUUCUUGUGUUUUGGUAGUAGAUGGCAGCUGACAAAGACAAGCCUCAGGAUGAAGCUUCAAUAUACCGUUUCUGCAAAACUAUUCUUGGUUGGGACUACUUUCGCCUUCUUAAAGAAUUCAGUCAGAAAAAUAACAAAAACAGUAAAAAUGUUGAUGCUUCCGUAUUGGGUUUGAAAGAAGUGAAGGACAUUUAUAAGGACGUGGAUGAUUAUUUGGCUACCUUUGAGCCCCUUUUGUUUGAAGAAGUCAAAGCUCAGAUUAUUCAAAAGAAAGAUGACGAAGAAGUGCGAGAUUGGAAACUUAGGUUGGUCAUGGAAUGUGGUGAGGUUGAUGAGUUUCACUUACCUGCUGUUACUUAUAAUGCUGAGGAAGAAGAGCAGAUAUCACCAAAUGAUCUUUUACUGCUUUCAAAAGAGGAGUUUAAGGAAGGUUCAAAAUUGCCAACAACCUAUGCUUUUGCACUGGUGGAGCAUACCCAACCAAAUCUUCUAAGGCUUAGAAUGUACUUAGCUGGAGAAGUCAUACAUAUGAAUGAAGAUGCUGUUAAAUCUGAAAGGCUAGUGAAUAUGUGCUCUCUUAUCACUUCAUCUGUCAAAGCAGUAGAGAAAUGUUUGUUCAGUCUGAAGAUUUGCAGCUUAUCAACUAUUGCCCGGGAAUAUAUUGCUCUAAGGUCAAUUGGUUCUCUCCCUUUUAAGGAUUUGAUAUUAGCAGCUACAGAGAAAACUGCUGCUCAAUCCCAGAGUUGGAGAAUUCCUAGACCCCUGGAUGAGUAUAUUAAAGAAAAUCAUAAUGUCUCCCAACAAGAGGCGAUAUAUGAAGGUCUAUCUCGAAAAGCCUUUGUCUUGAUACAGGGCCCCCCUGGAACGGGGAAAACACAGACCAUACUUGGACUUCUUAGUGCCAUUUUGCAUGCAACUCCAGCUAGAAUGCAGUCCAGAGGUGUUUUGCGCGAAAUACAGCGUGGUCCAGAACUACCCAUUCAUGAGAAAUUCUGUCACUGGGGACAGGCAUCCCCAUGGUUAGUUGGUGUUAAUCCCAGGGAUAAUAUUAUGCCUAUUGAUGGUGAUGAUGGUUUUUUCCCUACCACUGGAAAUGAAUUGAAACCAGAAGUAGUUAAUUCCAGUCGAAAAUAUCGUGUACGGGUGCUGGUAUGUGCCCCAUCAAACUCUGCACUUGAUGAAAUUGUAGUACGCCUUCUGAAUACUGGGAUUCGAGAUGAAAAUGUUCGCUCAUAUACUCCUAAAAUUGUUCGGAUUGGUCUUAAAGCACAUCAUUCUGUCAAUUCAGUUUCCAUGGAUCACCUUGUGGAACAAAAACGUGAUGACUCUGCUGCUGAUAAACAGAAACAUGGAUCCACAAGAAAGGAUAGGGACAGUAUCCGUACUGCAAUUCUGAAUGAGGCUGUGAUCGUCUGCUCUACCCUUAGCUUCAGCGGUUCAGCUCUCCUCAGCAAAUUGAAUCAUGGUUUUGAUGUUGCUAUAAUAGAUGAAGCUGCCCAAGCUGUGGAACCUGCAACUCUUGUUCCUUUAACAACUGGAUGCAAACAAGUAUUUCUGGUUGGUGAUCCAGUUCAAUUGCCAGCCACUGUAAUUUCUCCUAUUGCAGAGAGUUUAGGAUAUGGCACAAGUUUGUUCAAGAGACUUCAAAGGGCUGGUUAUCCUGUAAAAAUGCUGAAAACUCAGUACAGAAUGCAUCCGGAGAUACGAAGCUUUCCUUCAAGGGAGUUCUAUGACGAAGCAUUGGAAGACGGGUCUGGUAUUGAGGAUUAUACAUCUCGUGACUGGCACAAAUACCGCUGUUUUGGACCUUUUUGCUUCUUUGACAUUCAUGAAGGGAAAGAGUCCCAGCCCUCUGGAAGUGGAUCUUGGGUAAAUUAUGAUGAGGUUGAUUUUGUUCUUCUCCUCUAUCAUAAGCUGGUGAGUAUGUUUCCUCAGCUUAAGUCAAGUUCUCAGCUGGCUAUUAUAUCACCCUAUCGAUAUCAAGUGAAGCAAUUCCAAGAACGAUUCAAGGAAACUUUUGGGGUGGAGUCACAGAAGGUAGUUGAUAUAACCACAAUUGAUGGUUGCCAGGGACGGGAGAAAGAUGUAGCGAUCUUUUCAUGUGUUAGGGCAAAUGAAAAUGAAAGGAUAGGAUUUGUCUCUGAUUUUCGUCGGAUGAAUGUUGGGAUUACCAGAGCAAAGUCUUCUAUACUGGUGGUAGGUUCUGCAUCGACGCUGAAGCAUGAUGAGCACUGGAAAAACCUAGUGACGAGCGCUGAGAAGCGAGAGUGUCUAUUUAAGGUAUCAAAGCCAUAUGCUUCAUUUUUCAGUGAUGAAAAUUGGGAGUCUAUGAAGCCGAAGCCAAAGCCGAAGGUUGAAGAUAGGGGAGUCCAACCGAUGGAUGUUGAUGGGCAACACGAUAAUGAAACUAAUGCACUCUAUGCUAAUACGGGAGAUGCUGACCAAGAGCAGGCAGAUGAUAAUGAUUACAGAGAUGGGGAUGGCGAUGGAGAUGGAGAUGGAGGGUUUGAUGCUGAUUAAUCUGUAACCCAGGCUGAGAAGAGUUCAUAAAUGCCUAGGAAAAAAUGGGUACAUGUUACAACUUUUGUGAAUGCGGAAGAUAUAUUGUUUUUAAUUGCGUAAAUAUUCCUAGCUAAAAAUUUUGACU